AAAUAGCCUUGUUAUUUGUCGGGCUAUAAAAAUUUGUUGUUUUGAUUCUCUUUAACAAAGACAACAAGAGGGAACAAAGAAAAUAUAAGUAAAAGAAAGAGGUAUAAACAUACUUCAAUAGUGUACAAGAUAUAUAGCAGAAUCAAGCACUAUAGCCUUUAGUCCUUUACUCCCUGAGAAUGUCUUGGUUCCUUGUAAUUCUAUUUCUCAGUCUCACAUUUGGUAUAACUCAUUCUGAGGCUAGCCAUGACAAGAAGCUUCCCUCUGCUGUUGUAGUUGGCACUGUUUACUGUGACACAUGCUUCCAACAGGGUUUCUCCACGGGCAACCACUUCAUUUCAGGUGCAUCAGUUGCUGUAGAAUGCAAAGAUGGGUAUGGGAGGUCAAAGCCAAGGUUUAGGAAAGAAGUGAAGACAGAUGAGCAUGGGGAGUUCAAGGUGCAGUUGCCUUUCUCAGUGAGCAAACAUGUGAAAAGAAUAAAAGGAUGCACUGUGAAACUAAUAAAUAGCAGUGAGCCUUAUUGUGCUGUUGCCUCAGCAGCAACUUCUUCAUCACUGUGCCUCAAGUCCAGAAAGGAAGGACUACACAUAUUCUCAGCCGGCUUUUUCUCAUUCAAGCCUCUUAGACAGCCAGUUCUUUGCAACCAAAAACCAAGCAUUCAAAACAUCAAGGGCCCUGAUUAUGUGAAACACAUAUUUCCUCCAAAAAUAGAUCCAUCAUUUCCUCCUCCACUUCAAAAUCCAAAAACACCUGGUGGUCUUCUUCCUCCCAUUCCUGGAUUACCCGACCUCCCACCAUUGUUGCCACCCCUUUCAGGAAUAUUGUCACCACUAGUCCCUGCAGGAAUCCCUAAUGAGUCCCCAAAUGUUCAGCCUUCAGAUCAGAAACUACUUGACCCUAAUAACCUCAUAUUUCCUCCUAACCCAUUUCAGCCACCACCCUCAGUCCCCAACCCUCUUCAGCAGCCUCCUCUAAUUCCUAACCCAUUAGAACCAUCAGGCCCAUCAUCACUUGUUCCUAACCCACUCCAGCCUCCCUCAACAGGAACAUCACCACCACUGUUUCCGUUUCCAACAGUACCAGGUUUAACUCCCCCACCACCAGCUCUUCCCUUUCCUUUCCCUCCAUUAUUCCCUCCACCUAGCGGCCCUGGCACACCCUCUGUUUCCUCUUCAAAGAAUGCUUCUCCUUAACUAAAUAGUAGCUAUCCAUGCAAUUCUCUAAUAGCUCCUUCCACGUGAUGAACUUACUUUCUUUAUGGAAAUUGUAAUAUGGUUAUGAUAUGAAUAGGAAAGUUAACAUGGAGAUCGAUGUGCAUCCAUAGAGUGACUACUGCUGAAAAAAUUGAAACAUGAAUAAUGUAUUAUUAGUAAUAAAUUUUUGGACGUGGUCAUUAAUUGUGUUAAUCCUUGAGUUGUUGUAGAAAUGGAAACUUCUGAUUAUGAUACUGCAGCUGUAGAUUGAUAUGUCUUAUUUGAAGCAAGGUUAAUGUGAACGACAAAAGAAUAGAUGUCUAAAACCUCCUCGAGAUUAAAUAAAUAAAUUCUCUUACUAACAUUGUAUGGCUUUGAAAUAAAAUCUGAAAAGUUUGUCAUAAAGAAACAACACCUUGCAAUGGCAUGCAUGGUUAUGGGGUCAUUAACUAGUGAAAUUAGGGCUAGGAGAUUGGUUGUGGGGUUGGGAAAAUAAUCAAAUAAGUAGGGUUUGAAUUUAAA